AUCGUCAGAAGAAGAGAGCAGAAGGAGCAACCAAAGAGAGCAAUCCUUCUGCACAGCACACAGGGAUCGUAUGAAGAGCAGUGGUAGCAUACCUCAGUUAAAAAGAGCAAGAUGCUUCACUUUUGAAGAGCUUAAGCACUACACAAACAAUUUUUCAGAAGCCAAUGAUAUUGGAUCGGGGGGCUAUGGAAAGGUUUAUAGAGGAAAUCUACCUACAGGGGAACUUAUUGCCAUAAAACGAGCUUACCCAGGAUCUAGGCAAGGUGGGCAUGAAUUCCAAAUAGAAAUUGAGCUUCUAUCAAAAGUUUAUCAUAAAAAUGUUGUCAGUUUAUUGGGAUUUUGCUUUGGACGAGGCGAACAAAUGCUAAUACAUGAGUAUGUUCCAAAUGGCUCUCUAAGUGAUAGCCUAUCAGGGAAGUCGGGAAUCUGAAUGGACUGAACCAGGCGACUUAAAAUAGCCCUUGGGGUAGCUAGAGGUUUGGCAUAUCUUCACAAGCUUGUGAAUCCUCCCAUCAUUCAUAGGGACAUCAAGUCCACUAACAUCUUAUUAGACGAAUGCUUAAAUGCUAAAAUUGCUGAUUUUGGUCUCUCCAAACUUAUGGGUGACAGUGAAAAUAGUCAUGUUACCACUCAAGUUAAAGGUACAAUGGGUUACUUGGAUCCUGAAUAUUAUAUGACCCAACAGUUGACUAAGAAGAGUGAUGUUUAUUGCUUUGGAGUGCUGAUGUUGGAGAUCAUAACUGCAAGAAAACCAAUAAAGCGAGGGAAAUAUAUUGUAAGAGAUGUGAGACUAGCAAUGGAUAAAACGAAAAGUUUAUAUAAUCUCCAAGAGGUUCUUGACACAUCCAUUGGCUUCGCAACAACACCCAAAGGCUUGGAAAUGUUUGUGGACCUGGCAAUGACUUGUGUAGAAGAAUUAAGAGCUAACAAGCCUACAAUGGGUGAAGUGGUAAAAGAGAUUGAAAACAUUAUGCAGCUCGUUGGCGUGAAUCCUAAUGCUGAAUCAACAUCUAGUUCAGCAACUUAUGAGGAAGAAACUAAGGGAGGUUCUCUCCAUCUAUACAGUGAUGACUCUUUUGCUUAUAGUUGGGCCUUUCUAGACUUCAAGAUAGAGCCCUAGUGAGAGUCAUUUGGCUACUUUUCUUUUUUUCUUAUUAUUAUGUGUUUUAUGAGUAAGGAAGUUGGUGAGACAGCAGCUUGUGUCUUCAACCUUGGUGACUAUCAACUUAUGUUGGAAAUUUCAUGCCCAACGAUUACAUGUAUCGAUACUUUUGUUAAGGUAUCAAUACUUUUGAGACAAGUGUUUCAAAUCUUGCAUUAAAGUA